AUUGUAUUUAUUUCAGUGAGUCUGUGAACGUCUGAAUCAACAUCCAUGCUAAAUGUGAUCUUGUUCAUUAUUCUUCAUCUUUAUGUUAUAUUACAGCAUCUACAUUCAGAAUUGUGAUGUUGGGGAAGAGUUUGGACAAAAAGACAAAACUUGGUUAUUUAAUGCUCGAAGGUCAAGAAUUUCAAGUCCUAAAACACUCCUCAAACAAGCAUUGUGCUGCUGCCUGUGGAGAGUGGAACGGUAAACCAUUAACAGUAGUGACAACUCCAGAUUUUUUCAGUCUGUCUCGGGAGAAAAUAAGAGAAGAGAUGAGAAGAUGCUUCAGUCUUUGUCAUCCUGGACCAAAUGUUCUGCUGCUGUUAGUGAACCCUUCUGAGUUCACCGAGAAGAACAGACAAACACUGAAGUUCAUCCUGAGUCUGUUUGAUCAAGACGCUUUGAAACACUCGAUGGUCAUCAUGACACAUGAGGUGAUUGAAAGCCUCAAUGUGAAACAGCUGCUCAAGGAAUGUGGAGGAAAACAGUACAGCAUGUUGGAGGAGGAUCAUAGAUCACUGAUGAAGAAGAUUGAGAACAUUGUGCAUGAAAACAAAGAAGCCUUCCUCACCUUCACUGAAGAGCCCAUCAGACCAAAGUCUGAACCCAUCAGAGCAGCUUUAAAACUGGUCCUGUGUGGGAGGAGAGGAGCAGGGAAGACUUCAGCAGCCAAGGCCAUUUUAGGUCACACAGAGCUUCAUUCAGUCUCCAGCUCAUCAGAGUGUGUUAAACAUCAGGGAGAGGUGUGUGGACGUUGGGUUUCCCUGGUGGAGCUGCCUGCCUUGUAUGGAAAACCUCAGGAGGCAGUGAUGGAGGAAUCAUUCAGGUGUAUCUCCCUCUGUGAUCCUGAGGGCGUCCAUGCCUUCAUCCUGGUCCUACCUGUGCGUCCCCUCACUGAUGAAGACAAGGGAGAGUUAGAGACCAUCAGGAACACAUUCAGCUCUCGAGUCAAUGACUUCACCUUGAUCCUGUUCACUGUGGAGUCAGAUCCUACAGCUCCAGCUGUUGUUAACUUUAUAAAGAAAAACAGAGACAUCCAGGAGCUCUGUCAGAGCUGUGGAGGAAGAUAUGUUGUUCUCAACAUCAAGGACCAGCAGCAGAUCCCAGAGCUGUUGGAUGCUGUGGUCAGUCAAUCUAAACAGAAACCAUCCUGCUAUACAACAGAAACAUUUGCACACGCACAAAUGAAAAAGAUCAUACAACAAGAGAAACGUAUCAAGAGGCAACAGAUUGAGCUUGAGAAGCUGACGAAGGACAAGCUCACUUGUGAUGAUGAGGAGCAGAGCCCAGAGUGUCUCAGGAUUAUGCUGAUAGGGAAAACUGGCUGUGGAAAAAGUUCUUCAGGAAACACCAUCCUAGGAAGAGACGAGUUUGAAGCUGAAUCAAGCCAAACAUCAGUCACCAAACGCUGUCAGAAAGCAGUGGGUGAGGUGGAUGGUCGUCCUGUUGCUGUAGUUGACACUCCUGGUCUGUUUGACACAACUUUGUCCCAUGAAGAGGUUAAUGAGGAGAUGGUGAAAUGCAUCAGUCUUCUGGCUCCAGGACCACAUGUCUUCCUGUUGGUGUUACAAAUCGGCAGAUUUACACCAGAGGAGAAGGAGACAAUAAAGCUCAUCAAGAAAGGCUUUGGGAAGAAUGCUGAACAGUUCACCUUCAUUCUUUUCACCAGAGGAGAUGAACUGGAACAUGACAAGAUAUCUAUUGGGGAGUACAUUGAAAAAAAAUGUGAUGAUUCCUUUAAGAAGCUGAUUGCUGACUGUGGAGGAAGAUACCAUGUGUUCAAUAACCAUGAUGAACACAACCACACACAAGUCAGUGAGCUGAUGACCAAGAUUGACACCAUGGUGAAGACAAAUGGAGGCAGCUGCUACACUAAUGAGAUGCUGCAAGAGGCCGAGGCAGCUAUAAAGAAAGAAGUGCAGAGGAUCCUGAAGGAGAAGGAAGAAGAGAUGGAGAGAGAGAGGGAAGAGCUGAGAAGAAAACAUGAGGAAGAAAUGCAAGAGAUGAAAAGAAGAAUGGAAGAACAGAGAGCAGAAACUGAAAAGGAGAGAAAACUGAGAGAAAAACAACUCAAAGAAAAGGAGGAGAGGAUCAACAAGGAAUGUGAGAAGAGAGAGAAAGAACAGGAGAUGAGAGAAGAAGAAGACAGGAAGAGAAAACAACAGGAAGAAAUUCAACGACAGGAGUGGAAACAAAAAGUUGAAGCUUUGGAGCAAAAAUUAAAGUUAGAGUCAGAAUCAAAGGACAGAAAGCUGGAGGAGAGCAGAGAAGAGAUGAUGAAAGAACGAGAGAACUUGGAGAGAAAACAAAAAGAAUGGUGGGAAAAACGAAAAAAAGAUGAACAGAGACGACAGGAAGAACAAAUAAGACUUCAAAAGCUUCAAAAAGAGUUUGAACAGGAAAAAGAAAAAUAUGAAAAGAGGAAAAAUGAAGAGGACCGAAAUAGAAGAGAACAAGUAGAGAAAGAGAGAAAAGACAAGGAGGAAAAGCAGAAAGCAGAAAUUGAAAAGGAGAGAAAACAGAGACAAAAACUACUUCAUGAAAAGGAGGAGAAGAUAAAGAGGGAACAUGAGGAGAGAAAGAAAGAACAGGAAAUGAGAGAAGAAGAAGACAGGAAGAGAAAACAAGAGGAAGAAAUUCAACGACAGGAGUGGAAACAAAAAGUUGAAGCUUUGGAGCAAAAAAUAAGAUCAGAGUCAGAAUCAAAGGAAACUAUUGACAGAAAGCUGGAAGAGAGCAGAGAAGAGAUGAGGAAAGAACGAGACGACUGGGAGAGAAAACAAAAAGAAUGGUGGGAGAAACGAGAUCAAGAAAAUGAACAGAGACAAAAGGAGGAGCAAAUAAGACUGAAAAAGCUUCAAGAAAAAUAUGAACAAAGGGAAAAAUGUUUGAAGAAAACAAUGGAAGAGGAACGAAUCAGAAGGGAACAAGAGGAAAAAGAGAGAAAAGACAAAGAGGUAAAACAGAGAGCAGAAACUGAAAAGGAGAGAAAACUCAAAGAAAAACUAUUUGAAGAAAAGGAGGAGAAGAUAAAGAAGGAGUAUGAAGAGAGAAAGAAAGAACAGGAGAUGAGAAAAGAAGAAGACAGGAGGAGAAAACAACAGGAAGAAAUUCAACAACAGGAGUGGAAACAAAAAGUUGAAGCUUUGGAGCAAAAAUUAAAGUUAGAGUUAGAAUUAAAGGACAGAAAGCUGGAGGAGAGCAGAGAAGAGAUGAGGAAAGAAAGAGAGAACUGGGAGAAAGAAAGAAAAGAAUCGUGGGAGAAACGAAUACAAGAAAAUAAACGGAGACGACAGGAAGAACAAACAAGAUUGAAAAAGCUUCGGGAACUAAACAAUCAGGAGAGAGAAAAAUACGAAAAGAAGAGAAAUGAAGAGGACCGACUCAGAAGAGAACAAGAGGAAAAAGAGAGAAAAGACAUGGAGGAGAACUAUAAGAAGAAAAUGGAGAAUCUGAUGAAGACACAUGAAGAGGAGGCCAGAGAGAAAGCUGAAGAGUUCAAUGAAUUCAAAGAGAAAUACAAGAAGGAAUCUGCAGCUCAGAAACAAGAGCAUGAGAAACAACUGAAAGACAAAGAGCAGCAGUAUGACCUCUUAAUGGCUCUUUCAGCUCACAGUGAAGAACAACUGAAGAAAAAACAUCAAGGUGAAAUUUGUGAUUUGGUGAAAUGUGUGACCAAAAGGAGAGAAAAUCUGAAAAAAAUCAAAGAAUUACUGAAAAAACACGAAAAAGAAAUGAAAAGAGUGAAAAAUGAAGAGGAAAAGAAGGAUCUGCAGAAAACACAUGAAAGUCAAAUAAGUGACUUGAUACAGGAACUUGUGACACAGGUCGACCCAUCACAGUGUCGCAUUUUAUGAUUCAUGUCACAACAGCAGAGCAGUUUCAGAUGUACUUCAUUAAUUCUGGAAUUAUUUGGUUUCUGAACUGAAACUUUAAAGAAGCAGAGACUUCACUGUGAUAAUUUGCAGUGGACUACACUGUAAUGUUUAUCAUGGUGACAUACCGUAAAGUCCAAAACACACUGGCCGCGCCACAUGACGGCAGCAUCAUUGUCGUGAGUCAAGUGCCACCCCCAACACACACAGCAAGUGUCACGCUGCGGGGCGUCAACUGGAAUUCUAUCGCACACUCCACUCUGUUAGGUGGCAGUAAUGUGACUAACUGGUUGCCAACUGCCAAUUAUAACAUUCAAAUAAAACACAAGAAGCUUGUGCUCUAGAGAAAGGAUCAACACUCAGUGAAAAACCUCCUAAGCCCUAUGAUAAGCUAAUAUGGCAAGGCUUAACUAUACAGACCACUGAGCAGUGAUAACUAGCAUGUCUUUGGGGUCAUUGGGUGGGAACCUCCUUUCACCAGUGUUUCGUCUAGUUGGUCCCACGACACCUCCAGGAGGCUAGACAGUGAUCUCUGGCGUCCCAGAGACACUCCUCUAAUGCCAGGUCUCACUGCUCCCCUCCCUGCACCAACCCAACAACCUCCUUUACCUUACUUACACAUGGCUUUCUCAGCCCAAACAGCACUGCCACCUUCAACCAAACCCAGGCUCCGUACAUGCGAGCUCCAGGUAGAAGCCGGGCUGAUACUACCUUUCCUAGCACAUUCACCAUACUCUAUUUCACACGCUACAUAGCAUAACUCCAAUAUAAGCUAAAGUUAAAGGAGCUAAAUAAACUUACAGGAUCAGCAAACGACGAGGAAGAAGACACAGGAAGAGAAAGAAAACACACAACGCCGGACGACCACAACCACGACCAUGACAACCAGACAACAACGGUACCAAUUAACAAACAAUAGAUGGCGCCCAAGUUCUGCUUCUCUUCUCUUCAACAGAGCUGCUACUACGGGAGCUGGGAAGUACAAAAUAGGCUUUUCUCUGAAAAAGAAGCGCUUUUUCAAGGGCAGCGACACUGGAAAAUAGGACAAUAGACGCGCGUCAACAUGCUGUCGGUGUGGGUUUGUAAAUAGAGAAUAAUGGGGGCAUCUGUUUUGACGGGUGUCAUACGGCGCCGGUGUGUUUGGCCUUUAAUACUUCUCAUUGGCUGUCAGGUGUCAAAAUCAGGAGCCUGUUGUGUUGUCACGAUACUAAAAUAUCAAACUUGAUACUCAAUACUAUUUUCAAUACUAUAGAAAAAAACCCAAAACAAAAUUACAGCCAUAUAUUGCUUUUUUUUAUUUAUGAAACAUCACAAAAAUAACAGCAACAACACAAUCUUUAGGUCAGGGCUAUUCAAUUACAGAUUACUGGGCCAGAUUUUAAAACCAGAUGAUGUUGAUGUGCCACAUUUUUAGCAGCGAGCAACCCAUCCACUUUCUUUUAGCAUACAUGUAUGUAUAGAUAGAUAGAUAGAUAGACAGAUAUAUUUCAUUUUUAGUUUGUCUUUAAGAGUUUGCUGUUGGCCCUGCGAGCGCGAUGUGCUUGUGUAAACUUCAAUAGUAAACCAUAACAGUGGUGAAUGAGAGACUGCUGACAGAGCAGAUUAAAAUAUGGCUUUCUACAUGCUGAUCACAUGUACUGAUAAACACUGAUGGGAAUAACGGCGUUAUGAAGAAAUAGCGUUACCAACGGCGCUACUUUUUUCAGUAACGAGUAAUCAAAAAAGUUACUGUCUCCCCCGUUAUAACGGCAUUACUGUUAUCACAAUAAAAUGCGCCGAUACUCGGCUUUACUUGAGUUCACUAAAGCAGCUUUCACCCAAACCAGCUCCUUCUCAGCGGACCUCUAAAGUUUCUUUUUCUUUGCUGAGGGCAGGUGAGGGGGAAGCAUAAGUCAUGAUGAUCGGCUUAGGGAGAGUAAAAUGUCAUCAUAAACCAGUCAGAGGCAGAGUAGGGCGGGCAUUCCCAAGCACACAAGCAGGGUUGCUGUGUGGGCUUGUUUUUUUUGUAAAGUCACUUACAAAUAUUGGUAGUCGCGGGUUGCUUAUUUGGGCUUGUUCUCUAAACGUCGCCUUUCUCUCUAUAUAUCGAUCUAGUAAGUUAUUUAAACGCAUGAUAGUAUGUCGGACUGCAGGAUGUUUCCACAGCUCCGCUCUCUCCUUCUCCACACACACAGGUGAUGGUCAGUCAAUUAAUGGAGGUUCUUACACACACACACACACACACACACACACACACACCAUAUUCAAUGUUGAGUUUCAUUACAUACAGUUCCAUUAAGGGGGGUGUCCAAGCAAUUUGACAUAUUUUAGCAUUUUAUAAUCCGUGGUUUGCCCUCUCCAGGUUGGGGGAGAGUUACUGCCUCGAGGGAGUUCAAGUAUCUCGUGGUUUUGUUCACGAGUGAAGGUAGAGUGGAGCAUGAGAUGGAUCGGCGGGUCGGUGCAGCUUCUGCAGUCAUGCAGGCGCUGCGCCGGUCCGUUGUGGUGAAGAGGGAGCUGAGCCCGAAAGCAAAACUUUUGAUUUACUGGUCCAUCUACGUCCCAGCCCUCACGUAUGGUCAUGAACUCUGGGUAGUGACUGAAAGAAUGAGGUCACAGAUACAAGCAGUGGAAAUGAAUUUCCUCCGUGGGGUGUCUGGGCUCAGCCUUAGAGAUAGGGGGAGGAGCUUGGAUAUCUGGAGGGAGCUCGGAGUAGAGCUGCUGCUCCUUCAGGUCAAAGGGGUCAGUUGAGGUGGUUCAGGCAUCUGAACAGGAUCCUCCUGGGUGCCUUCCGCUGGAGGUGUUUCGGGCACGUCCCACUGGUAGGAGGCCCCAGGGCAGACCCAGAACACACUGGAGGGAUUAUAUAUGUCAUCUGACCUGGGCAGGGAUGUAACGAUAUGGAAAAUUUGAUAUCUCGAUUAUAGUGACCAAAUUAUCACGGUAAACGAUAAUAUCGCGAUGUUUUUUCAAGCGCUGUAAAAUGUCCAAAAAAUAGAUAUAUUGAAAUAACUUCACUAAAUCUUCUAACUUCCUUAUCAUACCAAAAUGUUAACAGCCAAAAUCUUAUAUUAAAAUGAAACUUUGACAUUAAAGGGGCAAGGGAUUGGCACAGCAACAGAAAAUUUUAUUUUAAAUGUAAACAAAUUACAGGAACAAAGCUUAUUUGUCUGGUGCAUCUUAACAGUCAGCAAAAUAUGUAAACAAUUUAUAUAGCACGAGAGGAAAAAUAUAUAUAAAAGAAAACAAUGCAAGAGUAGAACAAAAAACAUACAAUAUAUAGAAUAGAUAUCACAAAUGUGCAGGAGAAACCAAAAAACCCUAAUGACAAUGGUCAUCAUUACACAGAAUAAUUCACACAUAAGAAUUGUGCAUGUGAGUCAGAGGUGUCAGUGCCUGUAUGAGAAAAGGAGUGCAUGCUCUCAAGAAAGCGUAACUGGCCGUCUGUAUCGAUUCUAGCUCGACAUACAAUAACCAUAAUCACAGUGAUUCAAUCAUAGUUGAUCUCAAUUAGCGUUACAUUAUGUCACGUCGGUUUAUAUUUUGUCGGCUCCGCUCAGUGUUUUCAGCUCCGUUUCAUUUUGAAACACUUCACAACAUAGCUGCUAAUACGGCUAUUAGCUACUCAGCUAGUAUUAGCUCCUAAGCGUCUUAAACGAAAACGGAAAACCUAGUCGCUGUUUAGGAGGACAGAUACAGCUCAAAUGUCUCAUAUACAUCGAGAGUUACACAUUAUGACAAUCUCAGUAAAACCGAAGUCCCUCACACAAUAACUGACAUUUGCAUAGCAUAACUUGCAUUGGCUGUAAAGCUGUGGAUGACAGUCACGGAGAUGAGCCAGCAGAUUUGUAGUGUCGCUACCCUUCGCAGCAACUUUCUUUCUGCAUGUUCUGCACACAGGACAGUUGUCCUCCCCCUCGGCAUUCUUCAGAAACCCAAAGUACGCCCAGACUUCAGACUUUGUGCGUUUAGUUGGGGGGAAAUGUCCUGCGUGCCGCUAUCACCACCUUCCGCCAUGUUUUCAUUCUUUGUGUUUACACACAGCAUGCAUUCACGCAGCGCCUGCAUCGCGAGACUUGAAUGAGGCUGUUAUUACAUGUCCUGAUGAUCCACCACAAUAAUGCAAUUAAUUUAAACAUAAACGGUAAUUCUUACCGUGUAAAAAUUAACCGAAAUUUACCGUAAUAUCGGUAAUUGUUACAUCCCUAGACCUGGGAACGUCUCAGGGUCCUCCAGAAGGAGCUGGAAAGCGGGAUAGGGAUGUCUGGGGUGCUUUGCUCGGCCUGCUGCCCCCGUGACCCGGCCCUGGAUAAGUGGAUGGAUGGAUGGAGUAUUUUAUAAAAAAGUAAGGCUAUAGUUACUUUUCCAGGUAAUUAGUUACUUUUACAGUGCUGUAACUCAGUUAGUCACUCAGUUACUUUUGGGGGAAAGUAACUAGUAACUAUAACUAAUUACUUUUUUAAAGUAACGUUCCCAACACUGUUGAUAAAGUAUUGGCUUUUUACUGGCAUAGGUUUUAUUGCACUCUCAUGGUAACAACCGUAGUUGUCGUCAAGCAGAGUAAGUUAUAUUCCCUUCGUCUGCACCGCUGCCUCUCUGCUGAUGUCUGACGUCACUCUGUUGUGUGUAUGUGUGUGUGUGUCUGUACUAAGUUUUAGUAUCGAGUUAGUAACAGUAGAAAGCAGCAUGGAGGCCAACAAAAAUAUCACUCUUAAGGCUCAUUUAUGCUCAACGUUAAAAACGGAUCCGGAUACGGAUGGAGCCUUCUGUCCGUGCUCCGCGUUCAUUUCAUCCGUAUUUCUGCACGUUUCCAUAAAGCUUACGGAUACGGGCUAAACGGAGCAGUACCACCGGGAACCGUGAGGGCAGUGUUGAUGUCACUACCCGAUACGUAGCUCUAGUGAGACACGAAGAAGAAAUAACGAUUCAAUUUCUCUCAUCGGCAGUACUAGAGAAAAGAAUUCUCCGUCCUCCAGUCGCGAUGUAUUUAACGACCUCAUCGACCACCGCCUCCUACAACGCUGCCCCUGUUCUUGUCUUUUAUGCAAGAGGUACAUUAUCAAUAUCUCCUCCACAGUCGCCAUGUUUGUUUUUGAGUUUGUUGUUGUCACAAACUUUAGACACUGGGCUGCCUCCUGGUGGAUAUAUUGGUUAACAUCUAUGCCAACGUAAAGGGCACAAAGUAUGUGGGCAGUGACGGUGACAUCGUUUGAAACGGACGUAUACAUUUUUGUACAUAAAGGGAGCAUAAUGAGCCCUUACAUCUCACACUUAUUCAGUCUCUCUUUUAAACUUGGUGCUGCCUUAAUUUUAAACGAUGAUUUAGUGCUGCUUGGAUGAAGACAGAUGGUAUGUGGUGGCAGCCUGUCACUGCAUUGUGCUGGCAAAGGAGUGAAAUUAGGGCAUCUACCUGGGUGUCAUGUUUCCAUCACUGCCCAUAGAAGUCAAUUAGAGAUGGACUUGAUAAAUACUCAUGACUACUGCAGAGUCAUUUGUCCCUGGAGUGAAAGCUGACUGUAACCUUUCCCUUUAAAUGAAAAAGGCAGAUAUUAGUAGGUGUUAGGGUUUUUUUCUCCAGUGGGAAAGUUGCCGAAAUGUCUGAAUUGCAUAUGUCUAUAUGUGUAGCAUUGUUUUCUUCUCCACUGUUUUGUUGAGAAUUAUUUACCUUUUUUGAUGUUUUUAUUUUCCUGUGUAAUUCUCUAAAGAUAAUGGCCAUUACAGAUGAUCUUUGUUUUCUUUUGAGUAUGAGAAAAGAACAUGAUGUUUGUCAAAUAAAAUGUUCAGAUGUUCUAUGUGAAUAUAAUUUCAAAUGUUCAUCAGAUGAAUGAACCUGAUAAAAACUGAAUGUUUUAAUGUUUCUUUGUUUUGGUUCAUGUCCAACAAGAAUGGAUACUUUCUGACUGAUUGAAUCGAUUUAAGACAUAAUUCAGAUGAAUCUUUAAUCAUGUUCUGUACCUGAUCCUUAUUAUUAUUAAAGAUUAAAGUGUUUUCUUGUA